CGCACCACGUAGUGGGGCGUACGUGAGCGCGAAAGAGAACUCACAGGGGUGAUAAGGAGGCCAGGCGCGAGGUAGUAGAGGGAGCGAACGGCCGCCGAAAGCGUAAAGCGACCCAUAAUUCGGUGCGCCGCCCCGCAAUCAGGUUCGUACUCGUGCUUUACUGGCCGCAUCGUUUGUCGUCAUUGUCACCGUUAGCCGCAAGAAACGGUAGUGUGUACGGACUUGCUUUUCGCGUACUUACUCGUCGCAACUCGCGGUCGGUCCACGAUAAACGCUCUCGUUACGCUUGAACAACACGCGGGAGCAUUCUCCGCUUGAUUCCACUGAUCAUCGGACGCGCGUCCAAGUCGCACGCGCUCGUCGGUCUCGCGUUCGUAUACCGCGCCGCCGAGGCACACGCGCGACGGCCGGCAUCUCGCUCGCGGUGCGCGCGCGAUCGAGAUAUCGAGAAGAACCCUCGCGGGUAGUGCGCUGAAACGGAGAAUGUAACCAAGAGGAAGAGGAUGAAGAGGAGCGUGAUACCACAUCGAUAGUUCUGUUCCUGACGUCGCCGAUUUCGAUUUCUUGCCUCGCUCGGUCUCUCACGCGGUUGAUGCGAGUUUCUGGAUUUGUUGGAUCCCCGCUUUUCGUUCCAGCCGGUUUUCACGUGCCUCCCGAGCCAGGGACGAGGAGCCGUUCUUUGUUAUUUUCAUCCCCCAGUGCGAUCGGAGGAAGACAAGGAAGUGGAGGAGAAGAGAGUGUGCAGUCAGACAAAGACGCAAAGAGAAAAAAGAAGAAAACAGAAAGCAGUCAAAGACCGAGACGGUAAUGAUAAGCAAGGAUACGAGCGUGAAACAAGGUGCCUCUAUCCAAAAGUACAAGGACAAAGGAAUGAAGAAGAACCGCAAGGUUCAUCAAUCUGUUUGUCAAAUCCGAAUGCUGGAAUGACGAGAUUUGACUAUAACGUGCGAAGACAGAAGAUGCAAGCAUUUCGAUACGCACGAAAAAGUGACGUACAUGCUAAUGUACCCGAAGAAACGUUAACAUUGACAGAGACGCUAAUAAAUUUAUAAUAAAUAAUAAAUUUCUUUCGGUUAAAGAAAGCCAUCAACAGAUUUGAUAGUUUUGAUAGUCAACAGAUAGUUGAGUCUCGAAUAAAAUUUCUUGUUUAUUAAACUGACACAUUCGUCAGAUAUUUCUUUAAAAUUGUGUUUUCUCAUCAUCAAUUGAUCAGCCCUUCAAUAUCGAUUAAAUGAGAGAAAGGAGAAAAACAGAUUUAUUUUCUGUCCUAUCGUAAAACUUCUGAGAAUUAAAAAGUAAUAGAAUGAAAAACAACAUAAAGAGAUAAAAGAGAAAAUAGAGAAAAUAGAAACAAUAAAAGAAUAUGCGUAAGUGAAAAGUGGAACUUGCAUUAAAUAUAUAAAUUUAACGUCUCGCCAUAAUUUUAUCACAUUGAUAUCUGUGAAACAAAUUGAAGACAGUACUCUUACAGCAAUUUAACGUGUGAGUAUUGCUGAAGAGGAAGUUCACAACGCGCUGGAAACUUCUAAGGCAAUAAUAUUACAUAUAACGCGUACCAUUUCUAUCAUGACAGAUUAUGAAAUCCAAGGCAGUGUGCUUGAAGUUUCCUCUGUACUUGCUUUUAUUCGGAUAAACAUUACUUCUUGGCUUUCACAACGGCAGUGAGCGCCGCGUAAAAAUCUAGAACGUCUGUUUUUGAAGUUUAAAGUGCUUAGUAACAUCACUUCUUAUAAUUUAAUCUCGAAGUGAGUCUGGAUCAUCACGCGAAGGUUAAGAUCGACCGAAGUCUUCAGAAGAUAGAAAGACGAAACGUACGAAGACGUGCCCUCGUGGGAGAUUUCAGGGCGCUUGACUGAGCACGAUAGCACCACGAGCUGUUAGUACCAAGGGGACGGAAGCCAUGGCGGCCUCUUCGUCCUCACAGAGUGGUGAGCAGCAGUAUUCACUCAGGUGGAAUGACUUCCACUCGAGCAUUUUGAACUCAUUCCGACAUCUGAGAGAUGAAGAGGACUUUGUUGAUGUCACUCUUGCUUGCGAUAACAAUCGCAGCUUCACCGCUCACAAAGUGGUACUUUCAGCGUGCAGUCCAUAUUUCAGGAAGUUGCUCAAGGCAAAUCCAUGUCAACAUCCCAUCAUAAUUUUGAGAGAUGUUCCGGCGUCAGACAUGGAAUCCUUGCUGCGAUUUAUGUAUCACGGUGAAGUGCACGUGAGUCAGGAUCAAUUGGGAGCAUUUCUGAAAACGGCACAGUUGCUUCACGUGCGAGGACUGGCCGACGUCAACUGUGGUGUUAACGCAAAAAUUCCGCUUCCGUCGUCCUCAGCCGGCAACAACGAUAGCGCACCUGCGACGCCACGUAACACUUGGCAAGACAAUGGAAGGGAAGAUGCUGGUGCUCAAUCACCACCGGAGAAGCGAUCAAGAAGUUACAGUCCUGCACUAAGCAAUCAUGUAGAACCGUCUUCGAAAUCUGAUCUUCAAGAAUCUUUGUUAGGUCAAGCUCUCGAAGGCGGUCCUACGAUACAUACGGUGUCUCUGAAUAAUGUACAGGCGCAAUCGACUUGCGAUUCCUCACUGUCGGAAGAUGAGGAUAUUUCGAAUAACGAAAGCAUUUUGCAUUCUGUGAAGGCUGAACCAAAUGACAUGAUGAACGAUAUGGAACAUCGUAAUACCUUCCCCGCAGCAUUAUUGAGCCUUCAAGGUAAUAUGCAAGGAAUACUCUCAGGGGCAGGUCCAUCUGGUAUUCAUUCAAACCCGACUGACUCAAGUUAUGUUCGACGAGGUAUGGAAGUGAUACGUGUACGUGCUACGGAUCCAAGGCCAUGUCCGAAAUGUGGGAAAAUCUAUCGAUCAGCGCAUACAUUACGCACUCAUCUAGAAGACAAGCACACUAUCUGUCCGGGUUAUCGUUGCGUAUUAUGUGGUACAGUCGCCAAGUCACGGAACUCACUACAUUCACACAUGUCGAGACAGCAUCGAGGAAUUAGCACGAAGGAUCUUCCAGUGUUACAAAUGCCAAGUCCGUUUGAUCCUGAAUUAGCUUCUCGUUUAUUUGCUAAGGCUGGAAUCAAAAUAAGUGCGGCGGAGUUACGAGCUCGCGCAAGUCCAACAGGACCACGCAGGAAUGACGUCAGAUUGGAAUUACCUCGCGGAAGUGCACCGUCUGAGGCCGGUAGCAGCAUCUGCGGGGGUGAUGAUCCCGAAGAUCUUACUUUGCCCCUUAGCCUUAGGUACAAUUCUUCAACACCCAACAACACUGUUAUCACUAAGGUAAGUGGUAGCAGCUCCAGCAAACCCUCAACGGCAACAGCGAUUGCUGCUAAAUCGCUAGACACGAUGCACGGUAGCCGCGAGCCCAACAUAGCACCAUUGCAUCCUACCAGUCAUCACCCGAGUCACGAAGGAAGCGUGAUGGGUGAACAUAUGAAUUCGGCACUUUUGGAGACCUAUCUGCAGUUAAUUGCGGAAAACACAGCCCUUUCGACGAUAGGUUCACAGCAUGCUGCUAUGGCUCACGUAGCUAAAAUGCAGAUAAACAUGAACAAGCAUGGCAACCGGAGUUUAAUGCCUUCCUCUGAGGAAUAUCCUAUGAUCGGAAGGGAUGAGGAGGCCCGAAAUACUGGAGUAAUUAAGAAUGAGGAUAGGCAGGAUACAAUGCACGAUAGGCAAAUUAUGGCAGGUGACCUGGCAGAAACAUCCGGCGGAGAAGACGAAGAAUACAGUGAGAGUGAGGAACCAGAUAUGACGAAGGCAGAGUAGGUGAUACCAUUGUUUUUCAUAACAAUGAUAAACUCCGCGAUGCAUCAUGAACCGCAGCGAUUUCAUCAUUGAGGAAAGAAGACACGUUAGAAACGAGAGGCUUAUUCAUCCGCAGACACAGACACAAACGUUCUAUUUCCGUUUGUUGUUAUCUUGCAGGAUGAAUUGUGAAGUGGACAAAAAUGGACAUGAUUGAGCUUGCCCAUUGUGUCAAGCUUGGAUCACAAAGGCAAGUACGCGCGUAUAACAUAACACGUAUAUAUAAUAUUCAAUAUACGCACACGUACAUGCACAUCAACCCCCAAAUAUUCCAUCCGUCUACCUCAAUGCAUAUAGGUGAUAGAACAAACUAAGAUGAAUCUCAGUAAACGAAAAGAUUAAAUACUGCUUAAUCAGAGGAACAACUAGAAGAUCAGCUAGAAUCAUAAUGACCACGGACUUGAAUACCGUGUAAUUGCUUGCAAAUCUGAAGAAGCGUUACCGAAAGUGAUAGCGAAGCCAUUAUUUUUCUCGUUUAUUUUCCGAAGGUUUAUGGGCCAAAACAAUUAUAAAUCUUAUUAUUAAUAUUAUUAUAUGUACGAAUGUUGACAAACAUAUAUAUCGCUUAAGUUUAUGAAAAUAUGGAAUGUAUGCAUUGAAAGCGAAGGCAGUAGGGGUUAUAAUGAUUUCAUGUGUAUCUAUUGAAUAUAUGCAGGCGAUAGACACGUAUGAUAUGAUGAUAGGCAUAUAUGUCUAUGAUGCGGACACAUGCAAGCAUAUAUGGCACGCGCAUCAAUUUAAAAUAACGUUCAACUGGAUUCUGUUAAUCAUGAUUGGCGAUUCGUUAUUUGAUUGAUCUAUAACUAGACCAAAAGUGUAAUGUCUUCUUUUCUAUUUACGCGUUACUUUUUCGCGUUAAUUUUUCUCGAUUUUUAAAAUUAUGUUAAUAUAUCACCUAUACGACAAAUAUUAUUUCUCGUUUUUAUCGAUUUAAAAGAUACAAAAAGUGUAAAGAAAAAUUUAGUACCUGAUUUUACCUCGAUUUUUUUGCUCCCACUGUUUCGCUCUUUGCAUUCAACAUUUUUUCUGGGAAUGGUAUUUUAGGCUUUGCCAUGACUUAGUACUUAAGUCCAGAAUAGAGAUUACUCUUGUUAACAUUGGCAUAAAAUGCGAACACGGUAUGUAAAAAAUAUGCCGUACGUAAUUCUUAGGAAUAAAGUUAGUCGAUUGCGCUAUCUUUGAAGUUGCAGCUGCGCCUGAAAUGCCAUAGACUGGAAUCGAUAGCAAACCGUGACGAGGAGAAGAUUAAAGUUCGGGCGAUAUGGUAAAUGUUUAGUUAUUGCUGGCGCGCACGUGAGCUAUUUUUUAGUACGGCAGAAACUUUUCCGUUUUCGUAAAGUGAAAAGAUCAGCGACCGAAAAACCGUGCAAUCGAUCAAUGUGCGUGCGCGACGCGGUGCGCUGUUGAAUGGUUCCUACUUGAUUACUUAGAGUAAAUAUUAUCAAUGACAUACAUGUGUAUAGAUAUAUGCGGAUAUAUUUAUAUACAUGUAUAGUGUAUAUGAUAAUAAUAGAUAAUAACGAUAGAGGUAGAAGCGUAAGAAAGAGAAACUUUACAUGAACUUUAUCAAGAAACGUAGUAGUUUGUAGCGACAAGAAUAGAUUAGACGUGACUGGAAAUAUUGAAAAGUUGACGUCUUCUCGCACUAGAUAACAUUAUCUUGAACUCUUCAACAUGUUUGCGAUUAAUUGUUUUGACCGUUUCUUUAAACACGUAUGUGAAUAGAAUACUGAAAGGAAGAAAAGAAUGAACGAAACACGCAAUAAUUGAAAGAUCUUUGUGGUCGUUCCCUACAUGGGUUUAGGGAAUAGAAAUAGUGUUUAAAGAGUCACAGAAAACUGACAAUAUAGGGCGACUUGAAACUAGCAGCAGUUGCAGCUAUUAAAAUCCAAUUGGUGAUCUAAAUUAAUCCAAUGAUGAUCGAAUCAUCUUGGGAGACUAGAUUUCUUAUCCAUAGUCUUGCUCAUAGACAAGACUAAGCCAUGACACGUGAACCAAAGGGUUGCUAUUAUGCGUUAAUUGGUGCAUCCCAAUUUCAUGCUCUUGCCAACAGUAUUGCGUAUGGCUUUCACUCAUAAUGCUCACGAAACAGGUACUGUUGGACGUGACAAUCGGGACGUAUCGAUUAACAGACUUAUCAUCAGAAAUUUAGCCCGGCAUAGAGGAGGAAUUCUUAAGAAGAGUAAAGAGUGCUAUAAGUAUUAUUUCGUUUUAACUGAGAAAUUAACAAAAGGUGAUCGUGGCGUGACUGGAUACGUCCAAUACUUUUGUAUUGGACUCACAUGCAACGAUGCGCCGCGCUCUUACUCCAGCUGAAAUGCUCGAAUGAAUGAUUCUAGCUGCAAUAUGUAGCUUGCACGCAGAUUGCACUACGAUGAUUUCGAACAGUUUUAAAUCGCUGAUUAUAAUACCUCGCACCUUACCUUUGGUUCGGGCGUACGUCAAAGUGGUUCGGUACUUUUAUUCUAUCUGACUCGAUGCUAUGUCGUGUAAGUACAUAGUACCAUAUAUAUUGAAAAGGAAUAUACAUUUUUUAUGGUCAAUUCUAUCUUACGCAGAUGACCUCACACUUAUUGCAAGCGGAUCCAAGAGUAUAUAAUCGCUUUUUAUUGCUGUGGAAAGCCAAUCACUGAGUUAGCGAGGUCUAGUUGAACUAUGCUAAAUAUGUCUGCAUAUUUAGCAAUACAGAGCAAAACACUGAUUAUACACAUACAUCAUACAUCAACUUCAUCAUUACGUUUCAAAAUGAUGAUUAUUGACUAAUCUAAAUUGAAAUUUGCAGUUUCAUCGAAAUUAGGUUACAUAGAUAGUUUGUAGGCUAACACAAUACUCGAAAUAUAGUAAUCGAUUAGUAUUUAAGAUUUGUUGAGACGACAAUGAGAUAAUUUGGCUUUUGAGACAAGUUUGUCACGAGAUGCCAAGCAAUUAUAUAGAUUUAUAAUACGAUAAUGCCCGUGAUGAUGUGUUCGGAGAGAUUAAGCGUGAUCAAAGUGGAUACAAGUAGAUCAUGGAAAGAUGCAAAGAAUAUGACGUUUUCAGUCCGAUUAGUAUCAAAUAAUGUAAAAUGUGAGAAGAAAAUCCUUAUGAAGUUAAUCGGCAUCUUUAUUAAACUAAACAUGAAUAAAUAAACCUCUGUCACUCUCUUAAAUAUCUUUAUAUAUAUAUAAUAACUAUCCAAAAAAACUAACUUUUAAUGAUUUAGAUAUCUGGGUUACUCUGCUAGACGAUUAUGUCAUCAGUAAAACGCAAAUAAAACGGACGUGCUAUUGAUUGCCUAAAUUUGAUAAGCUAAAUUGCAGGAUAAAGUUAAACUUGACAUUGUAUAUGUGUAUACGAAUGCAACUGUAUACGAUCAUAACACUUGUAUACGAUGUGCGCGGAUGUUUAAAAGCGAAUACGCGUGAUAUAUAAAAUUAUGACAGGCACGUAUUUAUUACCCGCGACAUGUUUUAUAAAAGCAUCCGAUAUUAGAUAUUUAACUACGGACAUUGCAGCAUUCAUGGCAUCUUUCUCUGUUUUUCUUUUUUAUACCUGACGCCUCCACAAUUUACGAUCUGUAUAAGCAUUACUAGCUUUAUCCCACAGGGAUUCCAAUUUAGGAUCCGUAUUCCCGUGAGUUUAGAGAUUUCACAUUUUUAUUUGGUUGACAAUCACAUGCAUUCCUCAUGUGCGAUAAAAAUGAUGAGAAAUAUCGACUCUAAUAUAUAAAAAAGAAGAAAGGGAAAAUGCGAAAACAAUAUUGACCGAAAAGUGUAUCCAGGUCUAAAUAGGUACAAAGAAACCACUUCUUGCCUUGAAGCUCUCUAUUAUUAUGAAAAGAAGCACACCAUCUCGCGUAGAGUACAAAUUUAUUCGCAGGAUUACUAAACUUUAAAGGGCAUUGUAAAGAUUUUUACUUUUUUAAUGAAAGCGGAUAUUCGCACCUUCUAUUUUAUGUUUUGUGUUAAACUUUUGUGUUAAACAAACUAGCAAAGCCAUUUUUAAUAUGAAAAGGAUUCUAUGUAGUGUUGUAUUUGAGAAUUAUGAUUCACAAUAAUGCUCUACCAUAACGUAUAAAAGUUUCCAGCUAAAGAAAAGUUUCAUUCUACUUUUUAAAACCAAUUAGUAUAAAAUUAUAAACGAAAUCGGGAUAAAUUGGGGUAAAUAAUGUUCUAAAUAAACAUAUAUUAUUUCGUGCUUAUCAAAUAUACUUUGUCACAAUACUUGUCUUUAUAAAAUUGCUAUAUUACAAAAAAAUAUAUUUCUAUUCUAUAAUAUAUAUUAUAUAUAAAAUUCUGAUAUAUGUAUGUGUGCAUGUGUGUCCAUAUUUCUAUAUAUAUCUAUAUAUUUUCUUUCUAGAAAAAAGUAAAAGUCGUUCGAACACAAUGAUUUGGAAAUUUUUUUUGUGGAAAAUUAUAAUGAAAGAUGAGAGAUAUAUAAUAAUUCAGAAAAUAAUAAAUUAUCAGUUAAUUUCAUUGAAUCAAAUGACCAUGGUUAGAUUCAUAUCAAUGCCAAAACACAAUAUUUAAACAAAAGAAAAAUCUGCACUCUUGAUUUGCACGCAAGCAGAUUAAGAAGAAGAUUAAAAAAAUGCAUUGCUUGCAACCGUAUUGCAAAACCUAUUAAGAGAGAGUACAAAUUUUUGGAUUUGAUUGUUACUGCACUCGAGACAGUUUCAAGUACGACCUGGAAACUAAACGCCAUGUAGUAUGUAUGUGAAAGUCGCCAGGCUCGCCGAAAGCGACAAAAUUAUAUUUUAUCGUGAAAAAAAUAUUUAAUUAUUUUUAUAAUUAAAAGGCAGCAGUUUUUCAUUACAAAUUUGUUUUGGAAAAUGAAAAACUCAUUGGCGAGUACUAUUUGUAUGUUAUGAAACGUUUGUUGUAUAAAAUUGUCGGAAUUAAAUCAGGAUAUUGAUGGCCGGGAAGUACUUGUUGCAAUACAAUCUUGUUGCAUCACCUCGUAAGAGGCUCGAAUUUUUUAUUAAAGAUCAAGUGUGCAUUAUUCGACAUUUAAUGUAUUUGCAAGAUUUGUCAUUGAAGGAUUAUUUUCUGUUCUCAAAAGUGAUGAUGAUAGAAAUAACGAUGUAAUUGAAGACAUACAACGUGUUCAAUUGCAUUACAUAAGGAAUAUUUCGAACAUAUUUUACAUAUUUUACAUAUUUUCGUUCUGUGUAAAAUAAACAGUAGUUUUUAUGGAUAUAUUAGAUUUAUAUUAGUUAUUAUGGAUUUAGUUAUUAAGUAUAUAGUUAUUGUAGUUCAUUAUCAUACGGGGAUGCAAGGUUAAACAAAAAUUACAAAAAUUUAAUAUUUUCUCAUUUAUAUAUUGCGGUUUUUUGUUUAUAUUUUACAUUUAUAAUUAAUAUUAAUUUUUGUAUUACUUAUGGCUGGAAAUUUGUAUACGUCAUUGUACACGUGCUAUUCGACUUAAUUCUUCGUUCAAAAGUAUCUAAAAAUAUUUUCGGCGCAAGACUCUACAUCCAUUAUUUAUCAUUAGAGUCAUUUUAAUUUGCGAUUUAUUUUGAAUUAUUUUGAACACAAUAUACAGUAGGUGCGAAUAUAUAUACGAAGAUUAUAACAAUUUCUAAAAAGAAACUAAAAUUUUAACUGCUGCGAAAACAUAAUAAUUAUACAAAUCGAAAGAAAUAUGAAAAUUGUACAGGAAAAGAGAAAACGUGCACUUGACUAUUUUGUGCGAACAAACAAAAAUCGAUAAUACGAGUUAAAAUAGAUUGAUGUUCGUCUUUGUUCAAUUUAUACAUUAUAUCAAGAUACACAUCAAGUAACGAGGCAGGUCGUAUAUUUUUAUACGCGACUUGUCCUAUUAAGAGACUACAUUUUUCGUAUCUUAACAAGGAUAACAAGGACAAGCCUGGAUCAGUCAAGUUUCUGAUAAGCUUAACCAACUGAUUAAAGAUUAUAUUACAUGAUACUAAUAUUUUUACUUCUGCUCUAUAUCUAUAUCUUAAAUAUUAUAAUAUAGAAUCUGAAUCGGCAGAUUUGUAUUUAAAAAACGCCACCAAAACCAAUAUAAUAAUUAUGGAAGACAAAUUUAUGAUUCGGAGAUGCCAUAGCGAACAAGCAAGAACACAGAAGUCGUUUAAACUGAUUAAACCAUAGCCGCGAUAAUCUGUCGCAUGACGUUUAUCAUCGUUAAUAAUUAAUAGUGAUCUCGUUGAUAGAUUUCAAUCAUUUCUUGAUUUUCGUAAUAAUAAAGUAGCGACUCGCGCGUGCGGAGUUUGCCGGACGUACCCCACAAACAUGAAUACACGACAUUCAUACGCAAAGUAUCGUUUGUAUAUGCCAGCCAUAUAUAUGUAUAGUUCAUAGUAUGUGUAUAUAUAUAUAUUCAUUCUAUAUUCUAUAUACUUGUGUAAUAUGUAUAGAAGUGGGAGGUUGGCGGGCUCGGCCUCGUUUGUUCACAAAGAGAUGCAAGCGCCGCUUUUAUCCUUCUCUGCCCCGACCCUUCCAAUGGAUCAUAGUUUUCUACGACAGUAUUUAUACAUACAUACUUAUAUGUAUAUAUAUACAUACGGAUGAACAUAUAUGUCUAUAUAUAUACAUGUGUACAUAUAUAUAUUUUUACACAAAAGAUUCCGCAGUCCCAGCGUGAUCCGCCAUCCUCCCCAACCCCUUUGCCGGGUCAGUCCCAUAUUGUCAUAGUUCAUUGAACAUAGUCCGCAAUAGUCAUCUCGAAUAAUGUCACCAAUUACAGUAUUGCAAUAGCUUUUAGAGACAAUCGUGUGCGUAAACUGUAUAACGUGCCCGGCCGGCGUUCUCCCAAUCUCAAAAUUAUCGCAGUUGUGUUAAUUUUUCGGCGACAUAGAUUCCAAUGUCUGUGAAAUUAUUUGAAAAACACGUGAUAGUUUCUAUUUUGAAAGAAAGUUUAAGUCCUUUAAAACUGUUCAUAUUAUAAAAUCGAUCCUUGAAGGCACAGCAUGCAAAUAUUGCAGCAAUCUUGUCAAUAAUUAUUAAUUAUAUCAUAUAUAAUAUACCAUCAUAUAGCUCUUUAUAAUAGGUAAUACUAUCCAUAUCACAUAGAAUUUAUAAAUGUUUGAACAUUUAUUAAAUAGUUUGUAAAAGCAGUUAUAAAAGCGAAAGAAUGAAACUUGACGGUUUCUUAUUGGAUUAAUUAAUGAUUUUAUAUUAGUUAUAAUAAAUUUAAUCAGUACAUGGACUAAAUCGUCUAACUGCCGGAAAUUUAAAUUACCUUUUCUCUUAAAUUCAAUAAUAUAUUUUGUAUGCGAUGAAGGACGCAGCGCGCAUCAAUAAGUCCGUAUAGACAGAUUUAGCAUCUGGUACGGAUUAAUUGAUCAGCUUUUUGCGCUCAUUGAAUUUGAGAGAAACUAGUUGUUCCUGGGAACAUGCUCGACACAUUUUCCCAGAAUAAACUUCUACAUUGAGUCUUACAUAGCAGUCCUAUUUCACUCAACAGUAAUGUAUUUAAUUCAGGAUAUAUGCAGAUGUAUUUGUACUUUGCUGUAGCUUUCGAGGAUCGAUCGUAUCUAAAACGGUGCCGCGUAAAAAUGCUCCUGCGGCGUCCUGCUGCCCCUUUUCGUCUAUUCUAACAGGCAGUAAUAAACUUUUUGAUGUUACAAUAGUAACGUAUAUAAAGGGGACCAGGUCCAUAUAAUUUGAGUGAAUUCAGAUUUCGAUGUGAUUGCAAGCGUCGUGACAUAGGCAAGUCAUCUAUACAUCGAUUUAAAUGUGAUUACUAGCAUGAACCACAUUUUCGUUUAAUUGUGCAUAUAAAAUUUUGCACUUGUCGAGAAUCUUUUUGUUUUCCGUUUUUCACGGUUUUUCAAUAAAAUAAAACUCAAUAAAAUGUAGUAUAACUCUACCGGUAUCACUCUAUUUCAUAUCUUCCUCAGGAUGGCACAACUAAUUGAAAAACGUUAUCAUUGUAUGACACAGCCAAAUGUGAAAUGUUUUACUUUCGUGUUUCCUACUCUAGAUAAUUUGAGAUUUGUGAAAAAUUGUUUAAUCUGUUACAUGUGCGCGUAUAUCAAAGAGAGGAUACACUGCAUAUAAGAUUCCAAGUCACAUGAGUACCAUCGCGGUUUAUGAAUUAUCUAUAAAAUGGUUCUAGUUUUUCUUUCAACAUUUAAUCACAGUGAAUCUCUUAUCUUUUUUCAUGGGAUUUUUUAAGUUUUACACGCGAGUAGGAAGUUAAGGCGAACGUAGUUAACGCACGGCAGAACGACAACGCGAUAUCAGUAACGACCGGAGUUCUGCACAAGGCUAUCGGCGAUAAUAACGCGUGCGAGUUGGAAGCUCGUAAAGACCUCCGAACCGGCCGAAUGUGGUCGCGCAGCUCGCCUUGCUUCCACGGUGAUUAUAAAGGCGGAUUAACGACGCCGUAAAUGCGGUAAGCCUUUUACGGACUGUCUGGCCGCCGCCGCUCAUUCGGGAGCGAGCCAUGUCUGCUCCCUUGUCCGCUCGGCAAAAUGUAAAUGUGAAGCUGGAGCAAAUAGUCCCAGUCGUAACGACAUUCGAAAUUUGCGAGCGACACAUCCGCACAUGAAUUUUCUCGGCGAUUGUUGGUGUCCAGGCGAACGCAAAGUCAUGGAUAAUGACCCUUUGUAAAUUCUCGAAGCGUUACCGAUUCGAUCAAGUUAAUUCGUCUUUAUAAGAACUGACAUAUAUUUUAAAAUUAAUUUUUCUUAAUAACACACGAAAUUGCGUGUUUUUUACAAGGAACACAGUAAAACGUAAUUUUUAUAUGUAUCUUCUAAUAUAAAUUCGGACUUCUUAUAACUACAGAAAAUUUUAUUUAGGGAAAACAUACAUAGAUUUGGAAAGUAUACAAAUAUCUUUUUCUUUCUUCUACAAAUAUCAUCAUUUAAAUUCGUUUUAAUUUUACAUUAUAAGAUAUUCCAUGAAGUUCAUCAUUAUGCGUUCUACGUUCGCGUGAAAGACGUUCAGACUUGUGAAACCCGACAGUAAUAAUAACGAAUUUUAUAUUUCCUAUUUGAUAUAGAGAUUCAGACGGAAGACUAACGAAUUAGGAAACAUUUGCGCAAUUGCGUGUCAUACUACAAGCAAUACAACUGUAGAACGAAAAGUGCAUGCGGGGGUAUACGUGCGCACGGCCGGGAGCGAGCCACCGUCUCAGGUACUUAAUAACCGACGCGAUAUAAUAAUUACAUUAUGUAAAUGUAAUAACAAACUCAGGAAAUCUGAAGCAGCCAGGCCGUGAUACUAUACUUAUAGAGACUACUACUACUACUACAACUAUACUACUACUACUACUAUUAUUACAGGUGUGGUUCUUACGUUAAUCUGAUGUAGGCGAUUUGCGUCUUACAGCCUACUAUGUUUUGUUUCAUUUGUUUAUUUGUUUCUUGUUUGUUACGAGAUUUUACACAAGUGAAGUCAUAUGUAUUGGUGCAUGCGCGCAAAUCCGUUUCUAAUCGAUUAAUUUUGUUAAUGAAUAUAGCAGAAAGAUUCCGAACAAGAAAUAAAGGGAAUUAUCUUAAACUAAUGAAUAUAAUUUGAACUUUAUAAAAAUUUUUAAUUAUUUAAAAUUAAUAAAACAUUACUUUUUUAAUUUUCUUCAAACGUGUAAUGAAAUAAUUUUGUUUAUGAAAUGCGUUGAUUAAUAUCCAAUUUUUAAGUUUUGGACCAUUAAAUAGAGGAACAUUUUUCAUAAUGUAUUUCCGAAAUAAUAAAGUGCGUGUUAAUAAAUCCGCGUUGAAGAAAAAAGUUGAAACGAAUUUUCGCGUGCGCAUUCACAGUGUAGCAGAAAAGAAAUAAUUGUGAAAUCACCAUCAGCUACCUCCAUAUUAUUAAAUAUCACUCUUCUUCUCGCGCUAUAUUCAUGCUCACAUAUAUGGCAUAUACUACUUUAUGGAAAUUCAUACGUCAACUGCGAAUCGUGCGUCUUUAUAUAAUAAAGUCUCUAUAAUAAUAUAUUAUAUACAUUUAUAUUAUGUAUACAUAUACAAUAUUUACAUAUAGUCAUAUGUAAUAGCAAGAUAAUACAGCUUCCACGAAUUUAGGUUAAAAAGUUGUCUCUUCUUGCACAGAACAGUCGAGCGAGCAUAAAUAAGAAAUAUAACAUUUAAUAGAUCAACCAUUCAUAGAUUUUUGUAAUUGUAAUUGAUUCGCAUGAGUUUCUCAAAUCAUAUUGCAAAAGUCUGCGAUAAUCUGUUAAUUAUACUUAACAGAUUAUUGUAGACUUUUGCAAUAUGAUUUGAGAAAUCCACAGAAGCCAGAAAUCUAAAAACAUCUUUUUAACGCGUAAAACAUAAAUAUAAAAAAAAAUGUUUAUAAAAGAAUUUGCAUUUUACAUCUUUAACGAUUUUGAGAUUGGAAUUUUUUCAGAAUUAUAAGAAAAAAAUUAUUUUCAGUUAUAUAAACAACACACACGGAUAAUCUAAAUGCUGUUAGCAUUCUUAAUAAACGAUUAUUCUGCGACUGCGAUUAGAAAUUCUUGGCUUGAUGCGAACUCUCUAAUUGUACUUCAUAAGAGAAGCAAGAAUGAACUACCUCAAUUACACGAUAGUUCACCACAAGAUCGUGGGAUGUCUAUAUACACUGUUAUGGGCAAAAUGAUAAGAUACUUUAUUGAACUUUCGUAAAUACCUUUAGAAAACAUAUGAGUACUUAGUAAUACAUUAUGAUUUAAGCAUAAUAGUUUGUAAUUUCUUUCCCCUUUAUAUGUAUUUGUUGUUAAUAAAUUUAGUUGCUUCAUACAUUUCAUGCAUUUGCUGUCUUAAUACAAAUAGAUGUAAGAGAUUCUCUAAAUUAAUUAAUCAAGGAAAAACGAUAAAGAAACAGGAAAAGAGGAAAAAAGAAAAACAAAAGAGAGAGAAGUUUUACUAUUAAAUUGGGAGGAAAUAAUUUAAUAUAAUUUGCAAAUAAAAGAAUCUCUUUUUACAUUAGUGGUUAAUAUUUAACUGUGCUAUCAUUAGACAAUCAGGUUCUUCUUUAAUUCCGUUCAUAAAUCUUCCACCCUUUUAUAAACAAUUUUCGUAAAGGGGGACAAUCGAUAAGAUAUAAUAGAUUAUUUUUAGCAAUAUAAACCACUUUUCUCUCACAGUACUCAAAUUAUCUUAUUUUUCUUUUUAUAUAAAGAUGUAAUUGAAAGUUGAGUUGCAUAUUUUAUUGAAACUUUGAAAAAUCUGUAUAUUUCUCUAAUGGAUAUGUGGGUUUUCUUCGUAUAUACAUACAGGUAUAUACUAAACAUAUUUAUCCUUUAAACAAAGUUUUGUGUCUUAUCAUUUUGUCUAUCAGUGUGCUUAAGUCUAUACGUACGCUCCCUGAUAUGUGCAACUCACUCGCGAGAUGCAUGACAAUGCACUGCCAGACGCCGCGCUCGACUACUCUGUGAUUAACAAUGCUGAAUUCCAAAAUCACAAUGCAAUACAUUGUACUUACAGUCAUUUUACGGGUCGUGAAACCGGUUAGUGAUUUUUACAGCUUAAUCGAUGUAGAAUAAAGAGAUCGCGUGAACGUGCAUGAAAUGGAACAAAAGAGAAAGAUAAAGAGAAUAGAAAUGUGAGAGAAUGAAUGAAGUACUUAACUUUUGGCUUGGAGCCGUGUUAGGUCACUUUGAUUCCGACAUUUCGUUUUGAGAAUAUUUCAGUUAACUUUAUCAGCGAGAGAAGUAACUAUAUGAAUGGACUGCAUGUGUGAAUGCAUGAAUGUGCAUUAUAUGCUUAGAUGGUUCUAAUCACAUACGCGAUCACACAUAGAGAGAGAGAGAGAGAGAGAGAGAGAGGGAGAUACUCUGCAUAUAGAUUACAUACAUAUUAGUGAGAAAGAGAGUUAUAAGUAUACUUGUACGUGAUAUUUUAUGAUAAAUUAUAAUCAGGGAUCUAUUAUACAGAGUAUUCCAGAUCUCAUGUGACAUCCGUCAGCGGUAAAUUCUUAUUAUGUUCUUGAUAUUUCUAUAUUAAGAAUUUUAUCUCUAGAUAAUUUGAGAAAUAUGCUGCUAACGGAUAUUAAUGCAAGGAUUGGAACACGCUGUACAAUUAUGAGAACAUAAAGCAUAGUCUUUUUAAUGAUAAGCACGUAAACCUCUAACUUAUUUUGUAAUGCCUAUCAGAAAAACUUCUGAAGAUUCUGAAGAUGAGCGUGCAAUCUCGACGUACAUAGCGUCCCUGAGACUGCGAAGAUGAUGUAACGAAGAUGUAUCGCAACAAUUUCUGUAUUCAAUUUUGGUCCAUUUUUAAUCACGAUUAAGUUUUAAUUGUGUAUCAACAUUUGGACUGUCUUAUGGAAAAUUUUAAAUGGUGAUUUAAAACUAAAUAAUAAUUUGCCAUGUAUUAAGAGUUUUGUCAAGAAAUUUACGUUUAAGUGUGUAUUCUAAUUUUAUUUGUAGUCGAAUUUCGUCCGCUUUAUCAUUUCUGACAUGUAUCGCGUUCAUAUUUCGAUAUAGUUUUGAUAUAGUUUCGACUUUUAAUUUUAUAGUGACUCCGAGACGGCCAAAGCGUAUUCGCCGUCUAUAUAUGAAACAUUAUCUAUUCGCUAUCGGCAAUCCGUAUAAUCCGUUGUCGUUUUAUUAGUUUCCGACAUUGAUAAUUCGAACAUUGAUUGUACAUAAGAUAGAGUGAGAAAAAAAGGAAAAAAGAACUUUAAAGAGAAGUAAAUGAAAUUUUGCGGAAAGUAGUUACUGCGAUCUCUUCGGAGUAUAAUCCUUUGAAAAUCCACAGCUUCAUCGUACAAUACACUAAGGUGCUUCCUUAUUGUUAUGUUUGCGUUUUUCUCUUUUUAUAGCGUAACUUAGAAUUAAUGUUAUUACAACGUCAUUGUCCGUAUUUGCGUUACAUCCUAUUUUUUAUCUUUUUCCGAGAAUCUGUUAGUAUAUAUAGUGUAAGGAAAUGCGUCUGUUUCUCGCAGCUUGGAGGCAGAUGUCGGGGAUAUUAUCAGCAGUGUAUCUAGAAAAAUAUAUUUUCCUUUUUCUUUUAUUUUCCUCUGGCAUUUUGUCGAUAUCAACUUUCCGUCGGAACGUUCCUGCUUGAGACCGAGACAGACGUAAUCGUCAGAUAUAUUGUACACGAACGUGCCAGUACACAUUGUAUAUCCUUCAUUUCUUUCUUAUUCCAGAAUUUUUUCGGCUUCUAAUCCCACCGCGCCGUUCAUCUUUUUUGUAAAUAUCACGUACUCUAUUUAUCGACAGUCAAAUGGACUUUUUUCUUCAGCUUAUUUCCUUUGAUACGUUAUCUCUUCUUCCUUCUCGUUUCUUGUAUACAUACCGUCUUAUUCUCUAUUCUUCAUUAUGCUAGUUAUUACUAUUUACGUUCAUCAUUCUUUUUUAUUAUUAGCUUGUAAGCCAUUAAACUUGCCAAUAUAAUAUGACUUAUAAUAAAUAUGUUAGAAAGAAAAUAAUAGUAACUAUUUGUGUUUUGUAUGCUUAUUUCAUUUCCUUUUCCGUUCGCGUUAUCCUUUUUUUUGCACAUUAAUAUCACAGAUAUUUUUAUUUUCCGCUUUCCCGAAAGAUCGGCAUGAGAAAGUGGUAUACGAAAUUUAGUUUACUUACAUUUGAUUCUUGCAAAUGGACAGAUUGUUUUAAGAAUUAAAUUGGUAAUAUCGGAAUUUAAUAAAAAUAAUUAAUCUAUUUUUUUGUUAUUUAUUAAGUUUAGUUUUCUACCAUCUUUCAUCUUAUUUUAUAUUUUGAAGGAAUUAUUUCAGUAAAGUGUUUAUAUUAACAAUUAAUUUCUUAAUACACAUAUUAUGUACGUCGAGAUUCAUGUGUAUGUGUAUGUGACUCUUGUCAGUUAUAAUCAAGGAUUUAUACGGAACUAUACAGAAUCUAGACCAAAGUACAAAAGUUUAUCUUGAAUACAAUUAUUAUUAUAUAUAAAGAGCAGCGGAAAAGAAAAAUGUUUACACUCGAAGAAUGUCUAAUUUAUAAGAAGUCUCCAUAAACGCGUAUUCGAGAUUAUUGAAUUAUUCGAUUUCUUCCAAGAAAGUAGAAGAAAAGAAUAAAAUUAAGUCGGACGUCAUCAGGACUUAUCGCGGAAACAGAUUUCCAAUUGGAUCUGCUUUUCACAGGUACUGAUUUGCAGAGAUACGAUUAACUUAAGCGAUUUCGGAGUAGAUAAUGAAUGACGAACGCUGGCAAUGUGUUUUCAGUGUCAUUAGAAACUUACCGAUAUCACGACGCGUAAAGUAAAAACGGUCGAAGGAUAAAUUGCUCGCUAAUCGCCCUCGAUGGAUAGCGUGAAACUGGUGUAUACUGUAAGAUACAUGGUAUUUAACAAUAAGUGAAAGAAAAGGUAUAUAUAUAUAUAUAUAUAUAUAUAUAUAAACUGUAUAUCCUAAACUAUAAAUAUAUAUAACGUUAUUUAUAUAUAUAUAUACAUUGUUAAUCGCGUCCAAUAUGUUGGAUUAAUUGCGUUUUAACCAACAUAAAAAUAAAAGACGAAAAUGGCGCGUGCAAAAUUGAUAUUUAACAAUAUAUUAUCCUGUUGGACUGUUCAUUAAUAAUUUUCAACUAUAACAAUAAACUGAUACACAUUAUCGGAAAUAUUAAUAUUUAAAAUAAAAUUACAGAGUAAAGAAUUAGGUGUGAUGUUUAAGAAGAGUUUUAGUAAAGAAUAAUUUUAUAUUUUCUUAGGUUAAUUCUUCGAUUAAUGAAAAUCACGUCAGAGUAGUCGACAAAUGAUUUCUAGUAUGAAUUUAUUGUUGUGACGAAAAUGAUACUUCGGAUAUUUGAACAUCCGUCGCGAUAUACCGUGAGAGAAAAGUUCAGCUUUAAUACGGAUGCGCGCGACGUUUCCAUCGAUUCGGCGUCGUGAAUUUUAUGUACAGAGGGAGCAAGCAUUUCCUUGAUGGCAACGAAUCAUUCUGAAUUGCUAUCGAAUGUCAGCAAAUAAAGUCUCGUAAAAAUGACACACAGCAAUUUUUUAUUUCGAAUACUAAUAAAUAAUUGCUUUUUUGUAACAAAUUCUAUUACGGUUAACAAAUAUUUGUUCAAUAUUGCACUUUUGCACGCCGCCAUUCUCGCAAUCGUUUUCCAAGAAAUUUUCCAAGAUUUAGGAGCUCGUGUUUUACGUUGCUCGGUGCCUUCUUGCGGCCUGUUUGUACGCAAACUGCACCAUAUAUUCGUCCAAACACUUUACUUGCCGAUAAAAACUCCAUUUGCGAUAGAUCAUACGUGAAAUCCAUAUUUAAUCUUUAUGAAUAUUGAAAAACAUAUUUUUGGUUUUUACUCAAGAUAGUUUUUACUGUUUUUUUAAGUUUAAUUUUUUACCAUUAAAGUUUAUCUUUAAUUGCAUUUUUGAAUAUGCAUUGUAAACAAAUUUUAAUAUUGAUUGAAAACACAAUUUGUAAUACAGAUUUUAAAAUAUUAAUAUGAGAGUAUACUUUUUAUGUUGCUAGCAUUAUUAUUCAACAGUCACCUUAACUUUUCUUGCCAUCUUCUUACUAUCAAUACAUAUUCUUAGAUACUAUCAUUACAAUAAACAUGAUAAUUUAUAACAUUUUUAUUAGCUGCAAAUUUUGCAAUGUUCCAUGCAAAUAUAUCAAGUUGUAAUAAAUUUAAAAUUUAAGUUCUCUUAGAUUAUAGUAUCUUAAUAGAAAUAAUUUGGAAAUUUGAUAUUUUAAAAAUAAAUAUGAAAAGAACUGUUACAAAUAAAGGAGUAUGGAAAAUUGUAAAAAUUUUGUGGUACAAAACCCAUCGUUAUGAAACUUGACACAAACUUAGUAUGAGGUAAAAUAUAAAGAAAUCUAACUAAAAUCGACCGGCUAAAUGAGUGGACAAAGUCGACAAAGCUGCAGUAUUUGUGAGGAGCCAUUCACGAACAAUGUUAUUUUAUUGCCAAAAUUAGAUUAUAUAAGUGGUAAAUGGCACUGCCGCCACACGAUUCAUUGGACACAUUUUCUGCUUUUUGACCAGGAUCCACUCAUUUAGCCGGUCGAUUUUAGUUAGAUUUCUUCAUAUUUUACCUCAUACUAAGUUUGUGUCAAGUUUCAUAACGAUUGGUUUUGUACCACAAAAUUUUUACAAUUUUCCAUACUCCUUUCAAAUAAAACUAACAGAACGGCGUAUAAAUAAGUAUUUAAAAGAGCGGACGAACAAGGUACAUCAGGCGAUCACAGUUCCUAUUUUGUCCCUUAACAUACAUUAAUAAAGGGCACUGCGUAUGUACACACGGAAAUAAAUAAGCAAAGAAAGAUAUAUAAUUAUAUUUAAGUGUUAAGCAUCGUCGAAUAUACAAUAAAUUUAGAAUAGUGUAUCACCUUGUAAACGGAAAUAGUAUACGCUAUGAUAAUAUAUAUAUACACGUGUAGUUUGUAUGACAUAAGGAUGAGAGAUUAAGUAACGAGAAGUAAUUCAGUUUUUAUAACAUUGUUUCUUAUAGUCAUCGUGCGUAUGACUGGUAUAAUUUUGAGAUUUAUAAUAUGAUAAGAAUCACUUUGCUCCUGGGUUAAUGCGUGCUUUUUAAAAUGUAUUCUCUACAAUCGUUAUAUCUUGCGCGUUCCUUCUCAUGAAUCUAAAUUUGUCCUUUUUUGUUACUAUUGUUAUUUUUACGAGGUAUAUUGUAUACUUGAUAGUAUAGUAUUUUAAGUAGAUCUUUGUAUAUAUAUACGAAUUAUAUUGUAGAAAAAAACAUAAUAAUUAAUAAAAUUCAUAGAAC